AUGCAAAUAGGGGAUAAUGUGACGUCAUUUCCAGAUGAGCAUAGGAUUAAAAGCAGUCUUCUUUGCACUAAUGGAGAAAUCGCCGUAUUGGUGAUUACAUCUAUAAUCUUAAUUUUUGGAUUCAUUGGAAAUCUCGUUACAGCCUCAAAAGUGAUCAUCGAGAAAAAAUUACACAGACCAGUACCCGUAUGUAUCUCCUGUCUCGCCAUUGCUGACCUUUUGACCUUGUGUUUUCAGUACAUCCGGGUACCUCUUUCACAUUGUCGCGUUGACAUAAGCAUCUCAACUCGAGAGACGUUAAUGACAAUAACGGCUGUAGUGGUUCAUUCCUCCGCCAUGCAUAUAAUUCUGUUGGCAUUGGUCCGAUAUGGACUGAUAGUUCAUCCUUUCACUAUGAAAUAUUGCCUAACUUCCGGUAAAGUUGUGAUCGCCUCGUUGUUAUCGUGGCUGCUAAGUUUGGUAAUUGGACUUGUAUAUGGCUGGUACAAUCGACAGUAUUAUAAAGGACACGUGGACGAGAAUACGGACUCCAUAGUUCAGCUAGCGAUUGCUUUGUAUAUCUUGAUUGUCCCAAUCUGUUUCUUUGUGAGUUUAUACGUUGCUGAGAUGAAUGUGAUGAGAAAAUCUCUUCUUCCGGAAAAAUCGUUUUACAUAAAGAAGAUUUCAAAGAUGAUAAGUUUGAUCAUGGUGUCGUACAUUGCCUUCUUGGCACCGUAUGUUAUAGCUGAUUCGCUUCGGCUUCUUUACAUGAAAAAGAUCUUAUCUAUGGACAAAGGGAGGUUCGAGACAAUGAAAAAUGUGAUGUUCAAUCUGGCCAGAGUUUUUAUUCUGUUAAAUUACUCGAUAAACCCGUUCGUUUAUUUUCUCUUCAUUCGCUGA